AUGCCCUGUUCCGCGCCAAGGUGGAGGUUUUGGGUGCUUUUGUUGGCUGGAUGUGCAGCCGGUGAUCUCCGCGGUCAUGAAUUCGAAAUCGACCUCAAGGAGAGCAUCUCGAUGCCCAUCCCUCCAGGGUUCACAGCCCUGUCGCCGCAGCUGCCAGGCAAGCUGGUUGUAACAAGCUUCGAGGCGACACCCUUCGUGGGCAAGAAUGGUGUCUUCCUCGUGGACGUGGGAUCCCAUUCAGGACCUGCCCAGGAGUUACCAGGCAGCGGCAAGAUCAAUUGGCCGAACAGCAUCACGACUCUGAAUGCCAGCGUUUUCGGCUUCACUGCGGUGGCCAUUGGGAACGGCUUCCUCGUACCAACGCACACGACAGGUGGUGUCUACGUCAUGGAGGCAGCGACCCAGCCGGCCACUCUCCAGGAGCCUGUCAAGAUUUCCAAGGACCUGUCUGGCUGGUUCUACCACCAGGCACACUUUGUGGAUAUGGAUGGGGAUGGGCUUUUGGAUGUCCUCACCGCUAGAUGCGAAUACGCCGUCUGGCCCUGGGCAAAGAAGCGUGGCGAGCUGGUUUGGCUGAAGCAGCCGGCAAAGGAUGCUUUGGCUGGGCCGCCGUGGGAAGAGCACGAGCUUGGUCCUGGGCCAGACUUCCUGUUCUGUGUGCAUCCCGACAGCUCUCGGCUGGCUCUGGUCGCGCCGGAGUUCGUGAGCGGACGAGUGGUGUAUUGGUUCAUGCAGCAAAAUGGCACGAUGAGCAGCCGGCUACUGGACGACACCAUUGGCCCUGGAUUUUCUUGCUCCUGGACGGAUCUGAAUGCAGAUGGACACCUGGACUUGCUGGUGACGAACCAUGCAGCCGUCAAUGGCUCCGUGUUUGCCUAUUCCUUCAGCAGUGAUGACAUUGCCUCAGCACAGAUCACUCGGCACGUGCUGGCGACCGGCUUCACGCCUGCCAAGAUCGACAAAGGCAAGGCCUCGCCUGGAGACGCGCUGGCUUUCCAGCCUCAAACGAAUUCGACAGAGAAACCGUAUAUCUUCGUGUCCGGAGACAACUCCAACAGCAUUUUCCUUCUCACACCUGUAUCGAAGGACCAAUCGGAUUGGACGUACUCUCUGAGAGAAGUGCAAGACUUUGGAGCGGACAUCGGUCGGCCAUCCAUCGGCGAUGUGGACGGCAACGGUUUUGCAGACAUUUUCGUGCCUGUGUACGACUCAAAGCGAGUCGUCCACUACGAAUUCCGCCGGGCGCGUAGUAGAGAGAUUGCGAUUCACGUUUGA